UCCAGUUAAAUUCGGUCAUGAGGAACCACCGAAUGCCCAAUUUAUUACUAAUAUUUUCUUUUUCUGCUUCAAUCCAUGAUUGAGCGGUUGAGCCACUCCUGCAUUCAAAGCUCUUCACCCAUUUCCUCUGAUUCCUCUCUCCUCUACUCCAUUAACAAUUAAAGUUCAAGAAUAAAACAAUUUGGUACUCUGUAUUUUCCACUUUCCUGGAGUUGCUUUUUUCCAUUUUCUCCUCCUUGAUUGAAGGCGUGAUCGGUGGCUGGUGUUGUCAAAAUCAUCGUUUUAUUUCUUCAUUAGCCUUCAUCCUUGCCUGGACAACUGGGUUUCUUCUAUAAUCCUUUCCUUCGUUAGCAAUUAAAGAUAAUAUCCAUCAUUACUCGGAAACGCGUGAGCUAAUGCCCCACUCCACAGGACACAGCCAGGCUCCAGAGGGAGAGAGAGAGAAAGCGAGUUCCUUUUGUGGACCGCGUCUCUUCGGCUACUUAAGCACAAAUGAACAAUUUCAUUCAUGCUUCGACUGACUGUGAAGGAGUAGAGUUGAGAGUUCUAACGAACCCUUUUCUGUCUAAGUGUUGAGGAGGUUCAUCAGAUUUGAAGUUUGAAAAUUGGAGAGGUUUCUGGUGACAAAAUGAGGCAAGCAAUCUUGCUGUAUUUGAUUUGUGGAGUUCUAGCUUGCUUUAGCCUUUCGUUAGUGAAAGCAGAGGACCCUUAUAGAUACUAUACAUGGACUGUAACUUAUGGAACUAUUUAUCCUCUUGGUGUCCCUCAACAGGGUAUUCUCAUCAAUGGCCAAUUUCCUGGUCCUAGACUUGAUGUUGUGACCAACAAUAACAUAAUCCUCAACCUCAUUAAUAAGCUGGACCAGCCUUUUUUAUUGACAUGGAAUGGUAUUAAGCAGAGGAAGAACUCCUGGCAAGAUGGAGUGCUUGGGACCAACUGCCCUAUCCCUGCAAACUCAAACUACACAUACAAGUUCCAAACUAAGGAUCAAAUUGGAGCCUACACUUAUUUCCCAUCAACUCUAAUGCACAGAGCUGCUGGUGGAUUUGGAGGACUGAAUGUGUAUGCAAGGCCCCUGAUUCCAGUCCCAUACCCUGCCCCUGCUGGUGAUUUCACUUUGCUUAUUGGCGAUUGGCACAAAACCAACCACAAGAACUUACAACAAUUGCUGGAUUCAGGGAAAACUCUUCCUUUCCCUGAUGCUGUUCUUAUUAAUGGCCAAGGUCAUUCUGCCUUCAGUGGUGAUCAAGGUAAAACCUACAUGUUCAGGAUCUCCAAUGUGGGUCUGUCAACCUCCUUCAACUUCAGGAUUCAGGGACACCAGAUGAAGCUGGUUGAGGUUGAAGGAUCUCACACCUUGCAAAGCAUGUAUGAUUCUCUUGAUGUACAUGUUGGCCAAUCCCUAUCUGUUCUAGUCACCUUAGAUCAGCCUCCCAAGGAUUAUUACAUUGUUGCCUCUACUCGCUUCACAAAGCAAGUUCUCACAUCAACUGCAGUGUUGCACUACUCAAACUCUCACACUGCAGUUUCUGGUCCACUGCCUGUUGGCCCAACUUACCAAAUACACUGGUCUAUGAAGCAAGCCAGAACCUUCAGAUGGAAUUUGACAGCAAAUGCAGCCAGGCCUAAUCCUCAAGGUUCAUUCCAUUAUGGGAAGAUUACACCAUCAAGGACAAUUAUGUUGGCCAAUUCAGCACCUGUGGUAAAUGGAAAGCAGCGCUAUGCUGUUAAUAGGGUCUCCUACACUAAUGCAGACACCCCUCUAAAGCUCGCUGACUAUUUCAAUAUCCCUGGUGUCUACAGUGUGAACACCAUGCAAGCCAAUCCCACAGAGGGUCCUGCAUACUAUGGUACCUCUGUCAUGACAGCUUCUCUCCAUGAAUUUGUUGAGGUCGUCUUCCAAAACAAUGAGAAGACAAUUCAAUCUUGGCAUCUUGAUGGUUAUGAUUUCUGGGUUGUCGGGUUCGGACGUGGACAAUGGGCCCAAGCCAGUAAGAAGAGAUACAAUCUAGCGGAUGCACACACCAGACAUACUGUUCAGGUGUAUCCAAAUUCAUGGACCACUAUAUUGGUUUCAUUGGACAACCAAGGCAUGUGGAAUGUGAGGUCCGCGAUGUGGGCAAGGCAGUACUUGGGUCAGCAAUUCUACCUCAGGGUUUGGAGCCCAACCAAAAGCCUUUAUAAUGAGUAUAACAUCCCAGAUAAUGCCCUCCUUUGUGGCAAAGCUGUUGGAAGGCAUGCUUAGUUUGUUUCACUAUUAAUGUAUUUGUCUCUUUCAGUCACAAGGGUAUGACUGCAAGAAAAAAGAGAGAAAAGGGAAUUGAAAGAAUGAAGAAAGAAAUGUAUUGAUUAAAUUUUAUUGAUUAAUUGUUACACUACGAGCUGAAAAUUUUCUGUAUUUUUUUUUUUUUUUUUUUCAAAUUCACCGUCUUGUUGAGUCUGUGUGUGUCGUGAUCUAUUUGACGCCAUUGGUUACUUUCAGUCCAUCAAACUCUAGAAUGUAUAGUGCAGGAAAGCUUAUUUCCCUCAGUAUUUUGAGCCAUGUGACCUUUCAUUCCAUUCACCUUGUCUUAGUUGGAUGGUGACACUCUUCUUUCUUGCUUUUGUUGUACUUUUCUUUGUACUAAGUGAGGAAGUCUAUACAUAGUGGAUAUCUAGUUGCUUGCA